AUGUACGAGCCGGACACGACCUCUAUCCUUCCCGACAACGAGGAACCAAAAGACGACGACGACUCGAAAUUAUCGCUCGGCCAGGAAAAUGACACCUUAGAGCCUUCGCCGACCUCCCGGGGCGUGGGGCCGCCAUUUGCGUGCCCGCUGCCGGUGUCUGUGGAGCCCGUCAUGUUCCUAUCCGUGUUUGCUGUAGUACUGCAGGCUCCGCUGACCACUCAGUAUCUGUGGGACCGAAUUAGCGAGGACCUCGAGUACAAUGCUUCCAAGAGGUCGGUGUGUGGUAACAGCUCCGCGGAGCCAGACGCUCUUCAAAAGGAGGUGGAAACCCUGACGGCACAUUGGAACCUGUACAUCAACCUUGCAGGAUUUUCCGUCGGCUUGUUAGUUGUACCUCUUCUGGGCUCAUGGAGCGACUCUGCAGGUCGCAGGCCAGUCCUCAUCAUCCCCAACCUGGGCCUGUUCUUACAAGUUGCAGUCUACCUGGUGGUGAUGUACCUCAAACUACCUGUGGUCUACUUCCUUGUGGGUAGACUGAUCAGCGGCCUUACAGGCGAUUUCAACGCAAUCCUUGCCGCCUGCUUUGCGUACGUAGCCGAUACAAGCGACAGAAGCUCCCGCACUUUCAGGGUGGCCGUCCUGGAGUCGUGUAUUGGUCUAUCUGGGAUGUUUGCCAGCAUCAUUGGAGGACAUUGGAAGCGAAUGCAAGGUUACAUCUACCCCUUCUGGUUGGUCCUGGCUACCAGCUUGGCAUCGGCUCUGUACGCUUUCUUGUUUGUCCCCGAAUCGGUCAAAAAAGACCCCAGCGCCAAGCUUCUCACAGUUCGCCACCACAAAGCCCUGUGGCAUAUUUUCUCCAGUGGAGGUAGUGAGGACAAAGGAAAAUUCUCGAGAUGCAAGCUGUGGCUCUAUAUGCUCUGCUUCUUCCUGGUGGUGACCGUUCACAUCGGCAGCCGCGAGCUGUACGUUUUGUACGAACUGAGCCCACCGCUGUGCUGGGACCCGACAUUCAUUGGCUACGGCUCGGCUGUUCUGCACUUGUGCUACCUGAGCAGCUUGCUGGGCUUAAAGAUCUUGCUCCUGUGGUUGGAAGACUCAUGGGUGGCAGUCAUUAGUCUGGCCUCCAACAUCACUGGGCUGUUGGUUUUCUCUUUUGCGGACAGCACGCUGCUUAUGUUCACAGGUUAUGGCUUUUUAUUCUUCUUUGUGGCUAUGACACCUGUGCUGAGGUCCAAGUUGUCCAAGCUGGUGAGCCAGUCCGAACAAGGUGCCCUCUUUUCCGCAGUGGCCUGUGUGGAGAGUUUGUGUUUCCUGGUAGGUAGUGGCCUCUUCAACUCCCUGUAUCCAGCCACACUGUACUUUAUGAAGGGCUUCACCUUCCUGUUUGCCGCCAUCAUCCUCCUCAUCCCAGCUGGAAUCAUUGGUGGCCUGCAGUGUCUAGAGAAGAAAGAACUCAGGGACACCACAGAAUCCUGA